AUGCAAGAGUAUUCUACGGAAGAAGUUGCGGCACACAAGACCAGAGAUGACUUGUGGGUUAUGAUCCACGGGAAGGUCUAUGAUGUCUCCAAAUACGUGCGAGACCACCCUGGUGGAGCGGAUGUCCUAAUUGACGUUGCCGGCACCGAUGCAACGGCGGCCUACGAAGAGGUUGGACAUUCUGAAGAUGCCGAUGGGAUCCUGAAAACCUAUUUAAUUGGCACCGCCAAAGAUGCUCAUGAGAUUGUCCGUCCCAAGGCUGUUCGAUUAGUCCAGAAAACGGCCGAGAGUGCAAUGUCCGCCAAGCCCUCAUCGUCCUCCAUCGCCACACUUACAUUGGCAGCUAUCCCAAUUGCUGGUGGUUUGUCACUAUUACUUGCCUCGAAUGGCCAACUCAAUCUGCCCGAGGUUUUGGGGAAGGCUUCUCUCUCUCAGUUGUCGCCUCGCUGGCUUCCAGCCGUCCAUUUGCCCCAGGGAGGAUUCUCAAACGGAUUUAUUGCAGCCAGUCUCCUGUGUGCUGCUGCUGGGGGUGUCCUUGGAACCCAGCUGUCAAAAUUUACUCAAAUCGAGUCAGGCUUUACAAAAUACCCCCCGCAUUUGAAGAGCAACAGUGUCGCCAAAGGCAACCCACAGCUUGCUCGAGGCUGGCUAGAGCCCAAAGAAUACAAAAGCCUUCCGUUGAUUAGGAAAGACACGUUGUCGCCAAAUGUCUUUCUCUUUGUGUUUCAGCUACCAAACCCAAAUGAUGUGAUUGGCAUUCCCAUCGGCCAACACGUCGCUAUCAAAGCCGUCAUUGAUGGAGCAGACGUUUCCAGAUCAUAUACGCCAGUUUCGAACAACGCCGAUCUCGGCAGAUUGGAACUGGUCAUUAAGUGCUAUCCAGAUGGUUUACUAACCGGAAAAUACCUGGCAAACUUAAAGGUGGGCGACAAGGUUCUUUUCCGUGGUCCAAAGGGCGCCAUGCGGUACAAGAGAGGUCUCUGCAAGAAGAUCGGGAUGAUUGCAGGAGGAACGGGAAUUACACCAAUGUAUCAACUAAUUCGCGCCAUCUGCGAAGACGAUAAAGACACAACCGAGGUCAGCCUGAUUCUUGCCAACCGAACCGAAGAGGAUAUUCUGCUGCGCAAAGAACUUGACGCAUUUGCCAAGAACUACCCCAAAAACUUCAAGGUCUGGUACAUGUUAGAUCAGCCUCCUCAGAAAUGGGCCUAUGGAAAGGGAUUCGUCACGCAGGCCGUCAUGACUUCAAAACUACCAGCGCCAUCGCCAGACACCAAAGUUAUGCUCUGCGGGCCUCCUGGUAUGGUAAACGCCUCUAAGAAGGCAUUGGUGGCAAUGGGAUUCGAAGCUCCAGGAGCCGUUGGAAAGAUGACGGAUCAAAUCUUUUGCUUCUAA